UCCGAGUGCUGUAAAAUGUUCAAGCUUCUGGGUGCACUGCAUCGCUCCUGGUGCUCUUGGGUCGCGGGAAAGUCACCUGGCUGCAUAUCACGGAUUUGGUUUGGACCCCUGCCCAAGGACUCCAAGUGGGUCAAGCCGGGACGCGUCACCUACAUCGAGGAUGAUGUGAAGAAAACGGCGGACAUUGUAAAAAUCGUGGACGGUGUUGUGGUGGUACUGUUCAACAAAUCCCGAGAGAAGCUUAUUUUUGUGCGUCAAUUCCGGGGUUCAGUCUACCACGGAGUCUGUAGCGGUAGAAACGUCGUAAUGUCCGAGGGCGAGGCUGAUCUGCAGCAGUUUCCGCCGGAAAUGGGAAUCACCUUGGAACUUUGCGGCGGCGCCGUGGACAAGCAUAAAAGUUUGUUGGAAAUUGCCCAGGAGGAGGUGCUGGAGGAAUGUGGUUAUCAGGUGCCCACGGAAUCCUUGCAACAUGUUUUCGAUUACAGAUCUGGGGUGGGAGCCUCCAGCGGAGCAAUGACCUUGUUCUACUGCGAGGUCUGCGAUGAGCAGAAGGUGGCAAGCGGUGGCGGUGUGGAUACCGAGGUCAUCCAGGUGAUAGAGUUGCCCGUGGAAGAGGCCAGAAAAUUGGUCCAAACGGGGGCCAAGACGAAUGGUGGACCCUCCUGUAUGAUGGGAUUGCUGUGGUUCUUCCUUCACAAGGCUUCUAAUUGAACUUUUAACUCUGCCAAAAAUUCAUUAAUUUUAAAUCGGAAAACGGCUGUUAUUUUUUAUUAGUUUAGAAUAACUGCAUUCCUAAUUCUAAAUUUAAAAAUAAUCCGAAAUUCGCCUGAUGAUGCUGAUAAAAAAUAUAUAUGAUUUAUAAAAUCAAAAUACCCUUCAAGAAGACCGGAAGU